AUGAAGAUUUCUACUGUUACAGCUGUAACUGUUGCUGCUCUGUCAUCUUUUGUCGCUGCUGAAGAGGUUCAGGAUGUCUCAGCCUCUUUAAGCACUGCAAUUACAGGUACUCAGGGUGAAGCUACAGUUCCAACUUCAAACCACGAAAAAUCCUCGAAGUAUAAGAAAGUUAAAAAAAAUGCACCAAAGAAUCAUGUCGAUUUCAACAAGAAAGAAACUUCCAACGAGCAAGCUGACUCCGAUGACAAGUUGGUCGAGCAUUCUGAACCAGAAGCCAAUCACAAGUCCAAGAAAGGUAAGCAUCAAGAUGAAGAUUCUACAUCCGACUUGAAAUCCAAGAAGCAUGCCAAAUCCAAGGAUGCAGAAACCUCUGAACACAAGAAACAUGGUGAAAAAGACGUCGAAGAGAUCAAGGCUAAGAAGGAAGCUAAGAAGGCUGCCCAUGCUAACUCUGAACACAAGAAACAUGGUGAAAAAGACGUCGAAGAGAUCAAGGCUAAGAAGGAAGCUAAGAAGGCUGCCCAUGCUAACUCUGAACACAAGAAACAUGGUGAAAAAGACGUCGAAGAAAUUAAGGCUAAGAAGGAAGCUAAGAAGGCUGCCCAUGCUAACUCUGAACACAAGAAACAUGGUGAAAAAGACGUCGAAGAGAUCAAGGCCAAGAAGGAAGCUAAGAAGGAAGCUAAGAAGGCUGCCCAUGCUAACUCUGAACACAAGAAACAUGGUGAAAAAGACGUCGAAGAGAUUAAGGCUAAGAAGGAAGCUAAGAAGGCUGCCCAUGCUGACUCUGCUGCUACUGAAUCUGAGGACAAAGAAGAAAAAAUCAGAUCCAAGAAGCACGCUAAGGGCAAGAAAGAACAUGAAUUCGAAGCUAAGGAACAAUCCUUUGACGAUGAACAUGACAAGGUCAGAGCCAAGAAGCACGCUAAGGGCAAGAAGCACCAUGAAUUUGAAGCCAAGGAACAUUCCGAUGACGAUGAACAUGACAAGGUCAGAGCCAAGAAGCACGCUAAGGGCAAGAAGCACCAUGAAUUUGAAGCCAAAGAACAUUCCGAUGACGAUGAACAUGACAAGGUCAGAGCCAAGAAGCACGCUAAGGGUAAGAAGGAAGGUGCAAAAUCUGAAAGACAUGGUGAAAAAAAGGCUGAUAAAGAAGACGAAAAGCCCCAAAAUGUUGCUCACUGGAUGGACAGAGCUAAUGAUGACCAUGAUGAUGAACAGAACGGAUUUUUAAGCUACCUCACUUCUAUGAAUUUGUUCGGUAAGAAAAGAUCAGUUGAAAAGCGUCAUGUUGUUAAUGCUGAAGAAAAUGCUGCUGCUCAAAUUUCACCAAAGGUGGCCUUAUUAGGUACUGUUGGAACUGCUGCUUUAUUAUUACUAUAA